AUGUCGAAUCCAGCACCAAAACACGAGGUCACGAACCUUGAGAAUGUGGGUGACGAUAACGCAGACGAGGUCGAAGUCAAGGUUCAUAUCCACGCAAAGACCAUCAUCGCAGUGCUAGCCGUAUGCUCGAUCUUGUUCGUCCAGCUAAUGUCGGUUGUCGGCGCGGGCUCACUGGGUCGGGACAUGGCAACGUCGCUCGGCAGUCCGACACUGUCUGCCUGGUUCCCCUCGUCGAUUACCAUCCUCACACUUGCAACAAUCCUGCCCGUCAGUCAAGCGGCGGACUACUGGGGCCGUAAGAACUUCAUUCUGGGUGCGACGACUUUGGGUCUGGUUGGAGCGAUUAUGGUGUCCCGCGCGCAGAACAUCGCUACUGCCAUUGCCGGUAUGGUUUUCGUGGGCUCGGCUUACGGCUGCCAGUCGAUCUGCUACGCCAUUCCGUCUGAAGUUUUGAACCGCAAGUACCGCGCAUAUGGCCAAGCCGCUGCAAACGUAUCCUCCGGCAUCGGGGGCAUGAGUGGUGUCUUAAUAGGGGGUGCGUUGGUCCGAACCGACGUCCAGAACUGGCGUAUCUUUUGGUACGUCGCCGCAGCUUUGUUUGCCAUUGGCCUAGUUGGCAUAUUCUUCGGCUACAAUCCACCCAAACGUGAGCUGGAGGUCACCAUGGGUCCCAGAGAAAAGCUAGGACACAUGGACUGGAUAGGCAGCUUCCUCAUUGCAGCAGGUCUUGUUCUGCUCGUCAUCGCGCUCCAGUAUUCUGGAAACCCGUAUACCUGGAGAGACGGACACGUGCUAGGCCCAUUUAUCUCUGGAGUGCUCUGCUUGGCUGCUUUCGGUGCCUGGGAGUGGAAGGGUACGAAAAGCGGCAUCCUAGACCACCGUCUGUUCUUUGGUCGAGACUUCCCACUGGCUAUCAUGGCCAUGUUUGUUGAAGGUCUGGCGUUCUUCGCCGUGACAAACUACUUUGUGUACGAGCUUGUCAUCCUGCACCGCAUGGACUCAUUCACCGCCAGCCUACGUUUCGCUGUGGUCUUCAUCAUAUCUAUCGUCGUGGCUUUCGCAGUCGGUGUCUACACCACCUUCACCAAGCGCAUCCGGGAGCCGCUCAUUGCCGGCUUCCUUUCUCUGAUGUCGUUCUCCAUUCUGAUGGUGUUUUACCACCCUGGUCUGCCACUGGCCAACUCUUACGGCUACGGCACCGUCGUUGGUACUGGGCUCGGUCUCGUCCUAAGUAAUCUCAUGGUGGCAGCUCACAUGGGUACACCGCCCGACAUGAUUUCAAUGAGUUCAGGACUACUCACUGCAGUCAGAUCCCUGGGCGGCACCGUCGGACUCGCAAUCAAUAACAGCAUCUUCAACAACAGUCUGAAGACACAGAUUCCCAACAGGGUGGCAUCUGCUGUAUUGCCCCUGGGGUUUAGCCCGCAGAAUUUGGGUCCAUUGAUUGGCGCGCUGUCCAGCCAGAGUGAGGCUGCUGUUCUCGCUGUACCGGGCGUCACGGCACAAAUUGCCGGAGCUGCUGGAGCCGCUCUUCAGGAGGCGUUUAAAGUAUCCUUCAGCAAGAUAUGGAUUGCAGCCGCUGUUUUCAGUUCAGUCGGUGUCAUCUGUUCGUGCUUCAUCAGUAACCCGAAGAGCCAGUUCACCGAGCACAUCGAUGCGCCGGUGGAACUUGAAGUUGCAUUUGCCCAAGAAGCAGCAGAAAAGAGACGGUACGAAGACGCAUAA